UAUUCUGUGUGCACAAAUUAAAGCAAAUUCUCAGUACUAAAAAGCCCUAAAACAUCUUCAAUCUGAGUAUUUCCCUUUUGCCGACUGAAAAGAAACGCUUUUUUUGAGUUCCAAAAAUGGGGAAUUGGAACAGAAGAAGAUGGAUACCCAGAAAAAACUACAAGCAGGAAGAUUUUCCCCCUUCUCAGCCGUACCAUUACAACCAAUCUCCUUAUCAUGCUAUCCAGCAAAACAGUGUCCCAUUAUGGGAAAUAGAUUUCUGCAGAGCAGCCGGCAUUCCCUGGCACAAGGUUGUGAGUGCAAAAACAUAUAUGUACUGUUAUGAAAAUGUGGUUAAGUGGGAUGACUCUGCAGGUCAAGAAGCAUUCAAUGAUGCAAAAAGGAGAUAUUGGGCGGAGAUUUGUGGUCUUCCCCCUCAGAAUCCUCCUCCCAAUCCAGAUUUGUACAUUGAUAUAGUUGAUUGGGACUCAACUAUCGAUCCGGAGCUGAUAUUAGAUUUGGACAGAGAAUAUUUUAACCCUAAUGAAGUUACAAACUCUGUCAAGUCUGAGAACAACUUAGUUCCUGGAUGCACCUUGGUAUGGGAGGAUAAAACUACUGAUGAUGGUGAAAAUCCUUGGGAAAGUGGUAAUGUGCAGGGCUCUAAAACUGCUGCUAAUGGUGAAAAUCCUUGGGAAAGUGGCAAUGUGAAGGACUCAAAGCCUGGUGACAAUCGUGAAAAUCCUUGGGAAAGUGCUUCUAUUGAGGAUACGAAGCAGACUUGGAAUGAAUGGUAUACCCCUGUAAACAUCAAAGAUGAUAAUCCGUGGGAAAGGAGUUCCCCUAAAACCCAAGGCAUCUUGAAGGACACUGUCUGGGGAGGCUGUGGAAAUGAGUCAUGGGGUUGGAACACGGGGAUGAAUUAUGAGAAUGGAUAUGCUUGUGUUGAUAACAGUUUCAGCAAUUUGUGGCAUCAAAGUGGUGCAUGUGUUUCUGGUGCUAAAGGAAACGAAUGGGUUGAUAAUAGCGUUGGUUCCUGGGGUCAAACCUAUUGGAAUACUGGGGGGCAUGAGCAGCGGAAUUCAGACUAUGGCUCUCGUUGGAAUAGGAAUCUUAGUCGAGGUGGUGGAACAACCUCAAAAGACAGAAGAUGGAGAGGAUCUGAGGUCACGUCUUGGGAUUAUCAGCAACAACCAAGGCAGAGUAAUGAGAGAAAUGUGGAUUUUGGAAGACCUAGCAGAGGUGAUAAAACCUUUUAUACUGGUUCACGCAAGAGGGAAAGUUCUUCACAACAUGUGCCGAGGUACAAAAGCUCAAGGUUUCAAAGUGAUGAACCGAGGACUGCGAACAAUUGGAGAGAAGAAAAAACACAGAAGAGGGUUACUUUUAACAUGUAUGACUAGUUGAUCAACUUCUUAAGUUGGCUUUUCAAUGAAAAGUUGACCAACUUCUUAAGUUAUCUUUUCAAUGAAAAGUUGACCAACUUCUGGAUCUUUUUGUAUGUUAUGUAACAUCAUUGGGUGUUACCGAGUC